CCCCCCCCUUCUCCCCGCCCCCCCCUUCUCCCCGCCCCCCCCUUCUCCCCGCCCCCCCCUUCUCCCCGCCCCCCCCCCCCCUUCUCCCCGCCCCCCCCCCUUCUCCCCCGCCCCCCCCCUUCUCCCCGCCCCCCCCCUUCUCCCCGCCCCCCCCCUUCUCCCCGUCCCCCGCCCCCCCCUUCUCCUCGUCCCCGCCCCCCCCUUCUCCCCGUCCCCGCCCCCCCCCCCCCUUCUCCCCGCCCCCCCCUUCUCCCCGCCCCCCCCUUCUCCCCGCCCCCCCCUUCUCCCCGCCCCCCCCCUUCUCCCCGUCCCCGCCCCCCCCUUCUCCCCGCCCCCCCCCUUCUCCCCGUCCCCGCCCCCCCCUUCUCCUCGUCCCCGCCCCCCCCUUCUCCCCGUCCCCGCCCCCCCCCUUCUCCCCGUCCCCGCCCCCCCCCUUCUCCCCGCCCCCCUUCUCCCCGCCCCCCCUUCUCCCCGCCCCCCCCUUCUCCCCGCCCCCCCUUCUCCCCGCCCCCCCCUUCUCCCCGCCCCCCCCUUCUCCCCGCCCCCCCCCCCUUCUCCCCCCCCGCCCCCCCCCUUCUCCCCGCCCCCCCCUUCUCCCCGCCCCCCCCUUCUCCCCCGCCCCCCCCCCUUCUCCCCGCCCCCCCCUUCUCCCCGCCCCCCCCUUCUCCCCGCCCCCCCCCUUCUCCCCGCCCCCCCCCUUCUCCCCGCCCCCCCCCCCCUUCUCCCCGCCCCCCCCUUCUCCCCGCCCCCCCCCUUCUCCCCGCCCCCCCCUUCUCCCCGCCCCCCCCUUCUCCCCCCCCGCCCCCCCUUCUCCCCCCCGCCCCCCCUUCUCCCCCCCGCCCCCCCUUCUCCCCGCCCCCU